UUGAAGAGUUUAAGAAGAAACAACAAAGUGGGGUUUGCGGUUGCUUAUUGUUUUUAAUGUUAUUCUACCACGAGCAUAUAUCGUUUGAAGAGAAAUUUCUACCGCUAUAUACUCGACCUUCUCCUCGGAUUACUGCUUGGGGAGAUGAUGAAGUAUUGGACAGGAAACGAAGAUUGAAAAAACUUGGUGGAUAUGCAAAUGAGAAUCUCAAAAUAUGGGUGAUAGAAAAUGAGAUAAGGGAUUGUGUUGAUGGAAAUGCAACGACAAUGGCGAGUGAGAAUGAGGACAAUGAGAAAUUUGUAAUCAAUCUAAACAAAGAUGUUAUUAAACGAGUUGAUGGUGGGAACUUAAUGGAGAUGGAUAAAACCUUUCAACAAUUAAAGACACAUCUAAUUGAUAUGGCUUAUGGUGCAAGUAGUAGUAGUUGUGAUCAAAUUUUGGCUAAAUUUGAGGAGAAUUAUACUAUAGUGAAAGUUAUGCACCGAGGACUUGAAUGA